AUGGCUACUGAAGAAAAUAAGGAUCUUAUUGAAAUCUUGGAAAAUUUGAAAUUAAUCGAUGUGGCUAAAUAUAUGAACUUUGUGAGUGCCCCACAAGCUGGUGCUAUAGCUACAUUUUCAGGCACAACUCGUGACACUUUUGAUGGAAAAGCAGUCUUGGAGUUGAUAUAUGAAGCUUACAUUCCAAUGGCUAUACGUUGUAUCAAGUCUGUCUGUUCGUCCGCCCGAGAGUCCUGGAAUCUACAUUCCAUUGCUGUUGCUCAUCGGCUAGGCACAGUACCUGUUGGAGAAACGAGUAUCUUCAUCGCAGUGUCGUCUGUUCACAGGGCUGAUGCACUCGAGGCAUGUAGAUAUUUGAUAGAUGAGGUAAAAGCAACCGUUCCUAUUUGGAAAAAGGAGGUUUAUUCAAAUGGAGAGAUAUGGAAAGAGAACACUGAAUUCUUGGAGAGAAGGUCCGAGCUUGGUAAAAAGGAUGUAGCUGUGGCUUGCUCGGGGAAAAAGUUAGAAAUUAAGGAGCAUAGCAAAAAGCUUUGCUGUGGGAAUAAGGUUCGGAUUGACGAAGGUAGCCAAGAUUAAUGUCAACUUUGGGCAUCAAAGAAAAUACAAAAUUAGU